UGUAAAUAAGGAGCAGAAUCGAUUUUAUCUGCGUGGGUCGUCACGCUCUUUGGAGAACUAUGGCAGGUGCAAUCCUUUCUGCAUUUCUCCAAGUGGUCUUUGAGAACUUGGCUUCCCCUGUCAUAGAAGAGUUAGCAUCUUUAUGGGGUGUUGAAAAUGAUUUAAAAAGAUUAUCUAGAACACUGUCAAGGAUUCGUGCAGUGUUGGACGAUGCUGAGGAGAGGCAAAUAAAAGAGGAGGCAGUGAAGAUUUGGCUGCGAGAUCUUAAAGAUGUGGCUUAUGAUGUCGACGACAUACUUGAUGAAUUUUCCACCAAAGCUCUGCAAUCUAAAUUGGAUGAUGGAUUUCAGUCCAAUAAUAAUAAUAAUCAGGUAAGGAGUUUCUUCUCCUCUUUUAGUUCAAGAAGACUUUUGUCCCAAUUUGAUUUAGCAGCUAAGAUAAAAGAAAUUGUUACUAAAUUAGAUGAAAUUCAGAAGGAUAGCAGUCAUCUGCAAUGAGAGAAGGUUUUGGGUUGAAGAGGAUUGAACCAAGAGAGAGGCCACAAACUAGUUCCUUUAUAGAUGAGUCUUAUGUUUUUGGUAGGGAGGAAGAGAAGUUGAAGAUAAUUGAGUUGUUAGUGUCAGAAGAUAGCAGGGGAAAGGGGGUUUCUGUGUUUCCAAUUGUUGGAAUGGGUGGGGCUGGUAAGACCACUCUUGCUCAGCUUGUUUAUAAUGAUGAGAGGGUAAAGAAGCAUUUUGAACUAAGAAUAUGGGUCUGUGUCUCUGAAGAUUUCGAUAUAAUCAGACUUGCCAAAUCGAUCAUCCAAUCAGCCACCAGGAAUUGUUUCGGACUCAUGGAUCUAGAUCCACUUCAAGUUAUUCUUGAGGAAAUACUCAAUGAAAAGAGGUUUUUACUUGUUUUGGAUGAUGUGUGGAAUGAGAAGUCCAGUGAUUGGGAUGUAUUACGGGUUCCCUUCAGAGUUGGAGCUAAAGGAAGUAAAAUUGUAGUAACUACUCGAAGUGAAAUGGUCUCAUCAAUCAUGGGAACAGUGCCUGCUCACCAUUUGGAGGGCUUAUCAGAUGAACAUUGUUGGUCAUUGUUUGCACAGAGGGCUUUUGCAGGUGGGCUUUCUGGUGUUCAUCCCAACCUAGUAAGAAUUGGUAAGGAAAUCAUUAAGAAAUGCCAAGGAUUGCCUCUGGCAGCAAAGACAAUAGGAGGACUCUUGCAUUCUAAACAGGAUCCAAAUGAAUGGGAAGUUAUCUUGAAUAGCAGAAUAUGGGACUUGCCAGAAGAUUUAAGUGAUAUUCUGCCAGCUCUGAAAUUGAGCUAUCACCAUCUACCAGCUAGCCUGAAGCGGUGCUUUGUCUAUUGCUCCAUAUUCCCCAAAGAUUAUAUAUUUGACAGAGAGAAGUUAGUACAGCUGUGGAUGGCAGAAGGGUUUAUUCAAUAUGAUGGAAGAAAGCGAAUUGAAGAUAUUGGGAAUGAUUAUUUUAAUGAUUUAUUGCGGAGGUCAUUUUUUCAAUGUUCAUAUGAUCAUAGAAGGGGACACAAAGUACAUAAAAUGCAUGAUCUCAUCCAUGGUCUCGCUCAAAGUAUUGCUGCUGAUGAGUAUUUUAGGAUGGAGGAUGCUAAACCAUACAAUAUUUCCAGAAGGGCUCGUUAUUCAUCAUUGCUUUGUGGCAAUAUUGACCCCUCAAUGUUUGAUCUAUUCUAUAAAUGUAAAAGCUUACGUACAUUUCUCUCACUGUGUGAGCAGCCGCCAAAAAGCAUCAACAAGAUUCCUCUUGAUUUCUGUUUGAAAUUGAAAUCAUUACGUGUGUUGGAUUUGAGUCAUACUCGCAUCACUGAACUGCCAAGUUCAAUUGAAAAUUUGACACAUCUUCGAUUCCUUGAUAUCUCUCAUACCCGUAUUAAGAUGUUACCGGAAGCACUGAGUAGGCUCUACAAUCUACAGACAUUGAAACUAAAAGAAUGCUUUGAGCUUCUUAGAUUGCCCAAGGAGAUGAUGAACCUAGUCAAUCUGCGGCAUCUUGAGGUAGAACCGUACUCUCGGCUGACAUCAAUGCCACCUCAUGUAGGGAUGCUAACCAAUCUACAAACACUAUCCACAUUCAUUGUUGGCAAAGAAACUGGAUGUGGGAUUGGAGAGCUGAAGAACAUGAUGAGUCUUCGUGGAUCACUUUCCCUUUCAAGGCUGGAAAAUGUGGACAAGAUAGAAGAGGCAUGUGAGGCCAGGUUGUUUGAUAAGCAACAUAUACAGAAGCUGGAGCUGACAUGGAGUCGUGGCGAUGCCAUCAGAGAUGAGGUUGUGGAGGAGAGAGUUCUUAACAGCCUCCAUCCUCACACAGAUCUUAAAGAGCUGAGCAUACUUUACUACUGUGGUGUCGAGUUUCCUAGUUGGAUUUUUGAUUCAACCCUCACAAACCUAGUAAGUUUAAGACUCGUAUAUUGUCGGAAAUGCAAACUGCUCCCAUUUCUUGGACAACUACCCUUUCUCAGCAAUCUCUACAUUGGUGCAAUGAACAGCAUAAAAUAUGUGGGCCAUGAGUUCUCUGGAAGUCAAAGGGUAAAAGGCUUUCCAUCAUUGCAGGCUCUAACAUUUGCCAGCAUGCCAUAUUUUGAGGAAUGGAGUGGACCCAAGGAAGGGGAAUUUUGUUGCUUGAGUGAAAUUUCAUUAUCGAUAUGCCCUAAGUUGAGAAAAUUAUCCUGCCUCCCACCUACCUUGACAACAUUGAACAUAUCAAGUUGUCGGAUGUUAACUAGCAUACCAAGGCUUCCAUCGAUUCAGAAUUUGGUGAUUCAGUACUGUGAUGAGCCACUAUUGCUAUCCUUGACUCAACUUACAACACUUUCCUCCCUGGAGAUAUCUGGUUUCCGGUAUCUAACCAUGCUACCUACGGGGUUAUUGAAGUCCUUGACAUUACUUAAGGAAAUAAAAAUCAGUUUCUGUGAUGAGCUCAUGUGUUUGUCAGAUUAUCCAGAAGGUCUGCAAAAUCUGGUUUCUCUCAAACAUUUGGAAAUUUCAGAGUGUCCCAACCUCAAAUCGCUUACAGAAGAGGUGCUGCCCACCGCACUUGAACAUUUUGUGGUGUCAUCCUGUCCAAAUCUAAGGUCCUUGCCUAAGGGAAUGGGAAACCUUACUUCUCUACAGGAGUUGGAAAUUAGAGACUGUGAGCAGCUUGCAACCUUACCCAAAGGAAUGAAAAACCUUUCUUCCCUCCAACUUCUGGAAAUUUGUUGCUGCCCUCAAAUCCUGUCCUUGCCAGAGGAGGGAUUGCCAACCAAACUUCAGCAUUUAUCGAUUAGUGAUUGCCCGAUACUACAAAAUCGGUGUCAAAAUCAGGGUGGUCAAGAUUGGCACAAGAUAGCCCAUGUCCCAACAAUAUUGAUAGAUGGGAAGCGCAAAUUUACUAUUUAUUAGUAUUCAGAAGGAAGUCUUAAACCUCUAAGAGCCGCAUGCUGUUAAUUCAUUCCAAAUGCUGAUGUAAGGAUGAGGUACACAGCACCCUUUGCCUUGAUAUAGUCCUUGCAAUCUUGAUGGUAAUUGGGUUCUCAGAAGUAGCUGCUCAAAUUGGUGGUUGGAAUUUGCUAUAUGACAGCAGCUUUGCAUAUAACUCAACCCACAUGCAUACUGGCAUUAAUUUUCCUGGAUUGCUGAGAAGUCUUGACUUGGCUCUCUGUGCUACUUAGUCCAUGCUCUUAU